AUGUCGCGGCAUGUUGCUCGACAGUUAUGNGGGCUGCCGACCACCACGUCGUCGAGUAUGACUGCCACAAUACUGACCUUGUGGCCGCCANNGACAUGCACGCCAUACACCNNCCUUCCAUCCGACGGCAUCAUUAGCUUCGCCCCAGACAACAUCGUCACCCUCACUGCCAAUGUGGUCUUCUCGCCUGCUUGCACGGCCGGCUACGAAACUCCAGGAACCAACAAUGACCCAUCCAGCGUUGCCGACCUCCAAGGCCCCUUCUAUGCCUCGACCAUUCCUCAGACCUUCGUUGUUGCUUGCGCCACCUCAUUAGCCUGGGUUUUGGUCGUCAUGCUCUUGAUCAACUCGCGAUCAUUCUCUCCGGGAUUUGGUCUCACAAACUUUGCUUCUGGAAGAGGACUUAUCGGUGGCGCGACUGGCGGUACCGCUGGCCCUGGUGUGGGCUCGCGACCAUGGCUUCAGAAGGUUGCAGCCACUCUCACUGCUAUCGCCUUGACCAUCGCCACAGCCGACACGUUCAAAGUUGCUCAAGAACAAUAUCUGGUCGGAUACAUGGAUGGAGAUGCUAUGCACAGUAAAGUUGAGGGGAGUAUGGAAGUCCGUGUCACCCGUGUCAUAUCCGACGUCUUUCUCUGGCUCGCUCAAGUUCAGACCCUCAUACGACUGUUUCCGCGGCAUAAGGAAAAGGUCGUCAUCAAAUGGGUCGGUUUCGCUCUCAUCGUUCUGGACACCGUCUUCUCUUGCCUCAACAGUUUCCUGGUCGACAGCUUCAAUCGCCCUCGGCAUUUUGUGGAUGCCAUUCCAGCUCUUAGUUAUCUGUUCGAACUCGCUGUUGGACUUCUCUACGCCGCCUGGGUCAUCUUUUACGGUCUUACCAAACGUCGUUACGCCUACUUUCAUCUCAAAAUGAAGAGCAUCUUCAUAGUCGCUCUUCUUUCGCACAUAGCCAUACUGACCCCUGUAGCCUUCUUCAUCACCGAUGUCGCCCAACCGGAUGUCGCUGCUUGGGGUGAUUAUUUCCGUUGGGUUGGUGCUGCUGCUUCUAGUGUCGUCGUUUGGGAAUGGGUCGAACGAAUAGAAGCCUUGGAACGUGAUGANAAGAAAGACGGCAUUCUUGGACGCGAAGUCUUCGACGGCGAUGAGAUGAUCGAUAUGACCCCUGGCGACAACAUGACAUAUACGCGGAAGCCUCGGGAUAGUUAUCGACCAGCUGGCAGUGGUAGCAGCAGUUCCGGUGGAUCAACACACAAAUCCGGCUCGCAACCAGACCCAGUAGCCAGAAGGCGGAAAGCCAUCCCUCGCCGGAGCACGCACCUUCCUUUAGGAAGAGCACACUCUGAGAAUAGAACAAUCACCUUUGGAUCUUUGCCUCGUCCUGAAACAACACCCACACCAACCACUAAUCAAACACCUCCACCUCCCCGAAUAUCGCCACCAGACAGGGUAAACACAACUAGUGCUGCUUCGACCGUCUAUGUCAUCAACUAUGGUGAAUCGCAAGAGCCAGAGCCCGUGCGAAGGCGGACAGAAGAUAUACCCGAGCAUGCGCCACCUGACGACCUCGAAGCUCAGACAUCAACAGCAUUACGAGAAGAUCUUGGACAUGCAGAUACAACUACGUCGGGUGCUGCGUCACGACUGAGACAAACGAGCAAUGCACUUAUGAACGCAGUGCAGAACCCAUUCAAGAGAAAACGGAUGAGCCCUCCAGCAGAAGUCCGAGCCGCUCGAGACAAAAACGAUGCUCACAACCUACCCGCGCAUUCAUACUCAAAGUGGGAUAUUAAGGGUAGACUUGGCGCCAUCGCAGCUGAGCAAGGGGAAAAGUUCCGUGAGAGAAAGCAAGAAAAGGUAGACGCAAUCGAUUUGCCCUAUACUAUCAUUCCAGCGCCCACUCGAGGAGCAGCAGCAUGGAGCCCACAUGUGCUCAAACACACGAACAGCGAUAUGAGCAGCAACGAGACGCCGACGAACUCGCAACACAACACUGUGCGAGACUCGAACAGCUCGCAGCAUGUGACAUGGGCCAGUUCUACAACAGCUGGUAGUCAAGGCGAUAACAAUGUUGCCAACGAUGCUGCAGAUACUCGAACAGAAGACAACGAGACACCUCGACAAGGCCCUGUUACAGGAACAUCUUCAGCUAUCAGAAGCAGUUCAGGAUCCGGUGAAGAAGCAGCAGCACGAGAUCGAGACGAUGACGACGAGCAUGGAACGCCGAGGCCGACUUGA